AUGGUCGAUGUAGAUAUUGCGUGUCAAAAGCUGUCUUCCCUUCCCUUUACAGGUUUUUGCGGGGUAGAUGCGGUAGGUCUAAGUGGUGGUUUGGUCCUUUUGUGGUCUUCAGAUGUACAGUUAGUGCUAGUUUCAGUAUCUAGUCGUUUUGUACUUUGUAAAAUUACGAAUGUAAAUAAUGAAAUAAGCUAUAUGCUGUUUGUGUACGGCGCUCCUCACUACUCUGACAGGUGGCCAGUUUGGGAAAAAAUCUCUUCAAUUAUUGCGGAAUUCCCAAAUAUUAUCCUUAUUGGGGAUUUCAACCAAGUUGAGUUUCUUGAUGAUAAACUUGGGGGUUCUACCCAUAUUCAAGGCAGGCAUGAGUUUAUAAACUGGCGUUUGGAUAAUGGUUUAAUCGACAUUCCAUUCUCGGGUUCUCCUUUUACUUGGACAAAUGGUAGGCAUGAUAAUUCCAUCACUUUUGAGCGCCUUGACAAAGCUUAUGCCUCAGAUACUUGGUUUCAGGUGUUCCUGGACGCCUCGCUUCUCCAUCAACCUUUGUUACUUUCAGACCAUGCUGCUAUUAUUUUACGUACUGAUUGUGUUUUGAGUUCUUCUCGGCCUUAUCGAAUUGAGAACUGGUGCUUACAGGCAAAGCAAGUGGUUGAUUUUAUUGUAGCGACUUGGGCACAACAAUUUUUAGGUUCACCUAUGUUUUCUGUAUCUUCAAAGUUAAACGUGAUUAGGAGAUUUAUGUUAUCCUGGUGUGUUCAAAAUAAGCUUAUGUGGGGUAUCAACUGGAGACAGUUGUCUUCUGAGGUGUUUAAUGCUGCUGUGUCGCUCAGUCCUGGGCCUUCGGCCAGUUUAUUUAUUACCACUCGGGAUGAGUGUGUGGCUCGGGCGCAAGCUACUUUCAUGUACUGGAGGCAACGAUCUAAGGUUAAGUGGGAUGCGUUUGGUGACUGUCAUUCAAAAUUGUUAUUUUCUUCUGUACAAGCUAGGAAGCGGAAGAAUCGUAUCCUUAGUCUCCAGGAUACGGCUGGCCGGUGGAUUUCUUCUGCUCAUGGCUUACGCUCUUUGAUUUUUGAUUUCUAUUCCGACCUCUUCCAGGUCUAUGGUCUUGCAGAUCCGCUUGUUUAUGACUGGAGUCAGGUUCAGUUGCCUGAACUUUCUUCUUCGGAUAAGGAUUUCUUGAUGACACCUUUUACGCCGGAAGAUAUUCGGCGGCAAUGUUUAAUAUUGGAGAUUCCAAGUCUCCAGGGCCUGAUGGGUUUUCCGCAUCCUUCUUUAAGACCCACUGGGGCGUUGUUGGCGCUCAAGCUCAUGUCGGAUGAUUGUUUAAUUGCUCAUGAGCUCAUUUCUUUCAUUAACGCUGCUAAGGCAAGGAAGAAAUUUUUCGCCGUCCUAAAGUUAGACAUGAAUAAGGCCUAUGACAGAGUUCGUUGGGACUUCUUGUUUCAAGCGCUGCAGGCUUUUGGGUUUCCGCCUUAUUGGGUACUGGUUAAUGGGGAGCCAUCUCGUUCCUUUCAGCCAAGGUGUGGUCUGCGUCAAGGGGAUCCCCUUUCCCCGUAUCUUUUUGUCCUCUGUAUGGAGGUUCUGUCUGCUUUCCUUCGUCAGGCGGAGUCUCAACGGCUUAUUGAGGGGAUUUCUAUUGCCAGGGGGCGCCGCCUAUUUCCCAUCUUUUCUUUGCAGAUGACUCCCUUUUGUUCUUCCGGCUCCAUCUCGGGGCAAAUGAGAAAUCAUCAGAAAUCCUUUGUUAAGUUCAGCCCUAAUACUCCCCCGGAUUAUCGGGAUUACUUAGCUAGCUCUCUGAGGCUUACUCAAAAAACCUCGUUGGGCCCUUAUCUGGGGGUGCCUGUGGAUUUGGUCAGAUCGAAAUGUUCUGCUUUUUACGAUCUUGUGGAUAAGAUUGCUCGACGGAUUGCUAAUUUCACUUCCUUGCGUCUUUCUUCGGCGACUAAGUUGAUCAGCUUUGUCUUAGGUUUUGGUGGAGGACAAAACCCAGAAUCCAAGGGAAUUGCCUUAGUCUCAGCCUCGUCGUUUCAUCUUCCAAGGGGUAUGGGAGGGCUGGGAAUUAGGAAGGUUAGGGCUUUUAAUCAGGCGCUUCUGGAAAAAUCGGCCUGGAGAAUGGUUCAUCACCCUCAGCUACUUAUUUCGCGUUUGUUUAAAGCUCGUUACCCUGCCUUAUCUCUGCAGAAUUGUAACCCUAGGGUCUCUCGUCCGUCUUGGGGUUUUUGGAGUAUUGUGCAGGGUUUUCAGGUUCUGGAUUUGGGAAUUGCCUGA